AUGAUGAUCCAGGACGAAGACUACUUCAUCGCGCCCAAGGGCGGCCGCCGCUAUCGCUGGUACAACCAGACCCGCCCGACAACCUCGAAGCGCAUCUCGAUGAGUGAUGACAGGGGCAUCAACGACUCGAGCCGCCUGCUGCAGCUGCCGCGAGAGCUCCGCGACGAGAUCUGGGAGCUGGUCUUCAACUCGACGAGGCUGACGUUCGGCAUGCGCUACACACCCCGCCAUGGCGAGCGGUACCUCAAGCCUGCCCCACAUUCGCUGGCCCUAUUACGCGUGUGCCGCCAGAUCAACGUCGAGACACGCGACCUCUGGAUGCAGCGCGUGCUCUUCAACUUUGAGGACCCCCAGACGAUGCUCAACAAGCUGGCCGAGUUGCCCGAGUCGACCGUGUCCAGGAUCCGUCAUGUGCGCCUCAUCGGCUCCCCCAUGAUGCGCUAUCUCAAGGGCUUCGAUGACCUCAUGUACCGCCACGAGUCCAUCUUCCAGCUGCUCCCCGCACUCCGCCUCGACUGCCUGACCAUCUUUGCCGUUGCGCCGGCUGCGCCAGAGUACGAUGCGCUGACCAACCUGGUCAACCGUGGCAAUGGAUGGAGAGAGCUCCGCUAUAUCACUCGUAGCUCGCGCAUGCUUGGCUUCAGUCCUUCGCGGAGCCAUGGAUCCCGCGAGACGGGCGAUAUCCGUCGCCAGCCCCAGCCCAGGUCCUGGAACAAGAGGCUGGUGGGCCGGGACGGAGACGGGUCGGGAUCCUCUGUGCAGGUGUUCAGGGCCAUAGACGAAGACGACUGCGCUUCCGUGCUUGACCCGCUCAGGCGCGAGCCGUUCGAGCAGAACCCAGAGGAGCACGAACUCGACGACUUUGGCCGGGUCGACGACGAAGAACUGACCAGGGGCGCUGGUGCGCGAAGAGCAUUGCUUGUGCUGGUUAGGCGUGGCGACAAGGUAGAUGUUGGCCAGAAAUCUCCCGGCUACGGCAAAGAGCGCGACAUGAAAGCCAGAUUCAACAAGAGGACGUGGAGAGUGCGAAACAAAGUAAUCAUUUGGACCUCGCCAGACAGUGAGAAGGAUGACGAUGACGUGGGCAAUGGGUGGGCGAGACCCCAGCUGCGACGCCCCCCAUACGGCUUUGACGACUACUACGACAUUGACGACUUGUAA